AGUUCUUUUACGUCCUUCAUCGAUGUCAGAUCGUUGCUGUUAACCUAAAAAUGGCAGUUGCGCAUAAGUUUGCCCGGUUUUUGCAAAGGACGAGGUUUCUCAAUAAAAACUAUUACACGAAUGAAAAUGGAUGUACACGGUCGUUUUGCACGAUGAUACAGCAGCCGAAAACGCUGAAUAUAAAGAGAAUCGGUGUAAUCAGUGCAGCUGCCGGUGUCCUCGUAGGUGGUACUUAUGCUUAUUACAAGAUCGGAAAAGCCAGAAAAAGCAUCGAUUUAGAAGGAACGCAGCAAGAAACCGUGCUGUUGAAGUAUAAGCCACCCAUUCCAUCGUCUAGAAGAGUUAUAUCACCAAUAGACACCACUGGAUUGAAACUUACGUUAUUUCAGUAUCAAACGUGUCCCUUCUGUUCUAAGGUUAGAACCGUAUUGGAUUACUAUGGAAUAUCCUAUGAUGUUGUAGAGGUCAAUCCAGUACUCCGUAAGGAGAUUGGAUGGUCCCCUUACAAGAAAGUUCCGAUUCUCUUGACCAAAGUGGAUGAAGGCUAUCAACCUUUGAACGACAGUUCUAUGAUAAUAUCUCUCAUUGCAUCUCACUUAUAUGACAAGUCUUAUAAAGUUGAGGAUUUAGCUAACUUUUACCCAAAUAUAGGAAUACUGGAUGAAGAGGGCAACUUUAAAUUCGAGAUCAUAAAUAAGUAUUUCCUUAUGUUUAACAACCAGCUGCCAAAGAACAGAACGAUAAACGAUAUAACAGAAGAACGCAAGUGGAGGAAAUGGGCAGAUGAAGUUUUCGUUCAUGUACUUUCGCCAAAUGUAUACAGGACAAUCGACGAAUCUUACAAAACUUUCAGAUGGUUUUCAGAUGUCGGCAACUGGGAGGAGUACUUUCCAUUGUGGGAACGAAUACUAGUAGUGAACGUCGGUGCGACGGCGAUGUGGCUGAUAGGAAAAAAACUCAAGAAGAAACAUCGUCUAAAGAACGAUGUACGCCAGUCUUUGUACGACGAGGCGAACUUUUGGCUGCGCAACAUCCGUGCACGCGGCACCACGUUCAUGGGCGGUAACAAGCCUGAUCUGUCCGAUCUGGCAGUGUACGGUGUCUUAAAGAGCAUCGAAGGCUGCGACGCUUUCCAAGAUUUAAGAGCGAAUACGAAAAUUGGUGACUGGUACGACGCUGUGAAAGAACAAGUUGAUACACAUGCCGGAAGCAUGAAAUUAAGAAAUUAAAUUAUUAUAUGACACCAUUCACCGAUGCGCCGUGUAUAGAGUUACGUAUUUGCACAAUAAACGAGAAGUAUCAAUAUUAA